AUGGAAAGGCACAAAUUAAACACCCGAGUCCAAAAAGAAGGUGAAUCGUUUCAGUCAUUUGUAGCUGAUCUCAGAAUCCUAGCAAGUACAUGUGAGUACGGCGUUUUGAAAGAUGAGCUUAUUCGGGAUAAAAUUGUAUGUGGUUUCAGCUCUCGGCACGUGCGAAAGCAACUCUUAAAAGACCGGGAUCUCACACUCGAUCGCGCUAUUGAUACUGGCAUUGCCAACGAAUUAUCAGCGAGAGACAACACCGAGCUCUCGUCGAACCAAGUCAGCGAUCCAAAGGAAGAGGUCCAUGGUCUCGACAAAGGAGGUUUAUCGAAGAAAGAUUCCAAACCAGGUCUCGAAAAUUGUAGGAAUUGUGGUGGUAGCCAUUCAGCCAAGCAGAAAUCAUGUCCAGCGUUUGACGAGAAAUGUCUUCAUUGCGGAAAGCCCAAUCAUUUCGAAAAAGUUUGCCGUUGUAAACGUGAUGGCGGGCGUUCAAGCACUUGA